AUGCCCCCCAGCCCUCCCCGCGCCCCUCCAGUGCUCUACGCCGCCCGCCACGGCACCCGCUGGCAAAAGGAGAAGGCCGCCGCAGGCCACGGCGCUUUCGAGUACCCCGAGGACGCGAAGUACGUCGGGCCGUGGAUUAUCGGCGAGUGCGUCGGCAAGGGCGCGAGCGGGCACGUCAAAAUCGCCAAACACCGCCGCACGGGCCAGCUCGCGGCCGUGAAGGUGCUCCCGCUCGAGUUCGCGUUCAACUCGCACACGUCGCUGCGCACCCGCCAGGCCAAGUCCGACAAGCAGCGCCUCGGGAUCGACCGCGAGAUCGUGAUGAUGAAGCUCAUGAACCACCCGAACAUCAUGCGCAUAUACGACGUGUAUGAGGGCGAGCGCGAGCUGUAUCUCAUCCUCGAGUACGUCGAGGGCGGCGAGCUCUUCGACUUCCUCGUCAACCGCGGGAAGCUCGCCCCGCUCGAGGCGCUCGCGUACUUCAAGCAGAUCGUGUACGGCCUCAACUACGCGCACGCGUUCUCGAUCAUCCACCGCGACCUCAAGCCGGAGAACAUCCUCAUUCAUUCGCUCGACCCGCCGCUCAUCAAGAUCGCGGACUGGGGCAUGGCCGCGUUCGCGCCGCCGCACUCGGAGCUCGAGACGAGCUGCGGGAGCCCGCACUACGCGAGCCCCGAGAUCGUGCACGGGCUUAAGUACGAGGGCACUGCGACGGACAUAUGGAGCUGUGGCGUCAUCCUCUUCGCGCUCCUCACAGGGCGGCUGCCGUUUGAUGACAAGAACGUGCGCAGCUUGCUCAGCAAGGUCAAGACGGGUAAGUACGAGAUGCCGGCGUGGGUUGACCCCCAGGCUAAGGACCUCGUGUCCCGAAUGCUCGUCGUGGACGUUUCCAGGAGAAUCACCAUGCCUGAGAUCCUUGCCCACCCUUGGCUGGCGAACCCCACGCCGGGUGUCGUCUACGUCCCCGCCCCCUCUGUGGCGGAGCUUGCGCGCCCGCUGCGGUCCCCUGAACACAUAGAUAAAGACGUACUCGAGUACCUUUGCGUCGUAUGGGGCCGUCUCGCAGAGGCGGAACAGGUCAAGUCCGACCUGCUCAGCCCCGCGGGCCAGGGCACGCUCGCCAAGGCGUUCUACUUCCUCCUCCAGAAGCACCGCGAGAAG